UAUUUCAGAGAAAUAUAUAGUAUCAUUUUUAUUAAAAUCUGGUAAGAGAUAUCUGAAGCGCAUGCCUAUGCGCUGGCGCGACCGAUUCAAUUUCAAGAACCACCACUUAUGAUUUUUUUAAUAUUUUAUUUAUUUAUCUUCUAACAUGAAAUCAACAAAUCAUUUUAUUUCUUCGGUAUAUUCACACUGAAUUUUUGUAAAAGGGUAAUAAAUCCUGGAAUUUCCCUGUCAAGAGCUCCAGGACUCUUGAUUCCCUGUGGGCGAGGGAAACGUCAAAUUGUUUGAUCAAUCGUCGAAUUUGUUUGGGAAGAUGAGAGGCUCCAUCGAAGAGGUAUUAAAUUCUCUAGGCUGGGAGGAUGGAUUUAAAAUUCCGGUGGCUAACGAAGAGAAUAAAAAACUCGAGUCUGAGAUCGACAGAAAGCUAAAACAGAAGAGAAAACUCGUGGAGGACCUGGCAGUCAACGAAGACCGAGUAAAAUCCAUCGAGGAGUACAUCAUCAACAUCAAGGUCGAGCACAAUCACAAUCAGAAACUCCUGACAGCAUACGCCGCGCAGAAAAAUGCUGAGGACCACAUCUUCAAGGUGUCACAGCAUGAAGAGUCGUCGAUUGACCAGGAAAUCCGGAAUUUCGACAAAGAAAAGGCAAAUAUGGAGGAGAGGAUUGAAAUCCUGAGGAAAGAUAUGUGCAAACUCCAGGGGAAAUUGAAGAGCUCUGAAGAAGCUCUGGCUUUUGACAGGAACAAACUCCUCCAGUGGCAGGAAGUCCUGGAUAAAGAGGAGGAGGAUGAGGAGCUGCUCCAGAGGUAUAUCAAAUCAGAUGCCAAGGAGUUCAAGAAUUUGGAACUGAAGAGACAGAAAUUGAAUCUUGAAAUGGAGUCCGUGAAGUCCUCGGUCCUCCAAAUAAUGAACGAAAUCUGUGAAAUGGAAAUAAUCCUGGAGAGGACGUCCAACUUCUACGUUCAAGCCCUGGAGGAAAGGGGUCAACUGAUUGAGAGAUGGUCCCAGAGUGCUCUGGUCCUUCGACAACGAGACACAGGAAUUCAGGAGACCAUCCGGGAGAUAGAGACCCUGAAGGAAAUUGGAAAGGACAAAAUGGCGGUUCUCACCGAGUCGGAGGAGUUCCUGGAGAGCCAAAUCCUGACGAAUCGACAGGUGGAGGAGUUCAUUAAACAUCUCGAUAAGAAAUUAUUCCUGGAGAAAGAGGAGAGACGAAAAAUUGUGGAGAACAAUUCGAUGUACGAGCUGGAGUACCAGAUACGUAAGAAAUCCCUGGAGGAACUGUCGCGUCUUCUCCAGAGGAUGAGGUCCGAUGUGAAGUCCACGCAGGUCUCCAUCGAGAGUAAAAGAAAAAAAAUGAGAAAUUGGACGAAACAGAUUGAUGAAAUUAAAUCAACCAUCAGAGAUGUUGAAGAUCAGAGUGUGAGUGCAGCUGAUCGGUUGAAGCAGCUGGAGGGAAUUCUGGAGGGUGAGGAGAAGAGGAAAUCGGGGAUUCUGAAGGAGACGAAACGAUUCCAGGACUUGAUCCUCCGGACGUCGAAUAAGAUAACGGAAUUGGAGGGUGACCGGAAGUCAGUGGACGUCCAGAAGAACGGAGAGCUGAAAAAAGUGGAGAUUUUUGGUGUUCACCAGGUGCGAGAGGAGCAGAGGCUCCAGGAGAAGAGGGAAACGAUUCAGAAGCUCAAUUUUGAGAUCCAGGAGUGCGAGAUGAGGCUGGGAAAAAUUGGACCUGAUGAUUUCAGUCGAGCUGAGAUGGAGAGAAAAAUGAAGACAAUCGAGAAUCUCCAGAAGAUCCUCGACGAGAAGAUGGAGGUGAGUAAAUUGCUACAGACGCAGCUGACGAAUUUGGAGAACGACGUGAGGCGAGUCCAGGGGAGUCUGAAGAUCACCAACGAGGAGCUGGAAAGACUUGGCUCUAAAAAGCAGGACGUGACGUCCCUGAUGGAAGGAGGAGAGAAGCACCUGAAGACUAUCCAGAAGAUAAACGAGGAGAAACAAGUGGCUGAGAAUAUUCUGGAGCUGAGGGUGACUCAGGGUGAGCAGAUAAUCAAGAAUAUAGGUAGCAAACUCCACAAUUUGGAGAAAUAUCGCCUGCAAAUUGAUUCAGCAAUGAAAGAGAGACUCAUUGAGAUUAAACUCCAGAAGGAGGGGCUGAAUCUCGAGAAACGAGUGACAAUUUCUGAUUGUCUGGAGUUGAAAUCUGCCAUCAACGAGAGACAGUGUAGGAUGCAGCACCUCCAGGUGAGGUAUGACAAUAUUAUUGCGACGAUGGGGUGUUCUGAGGUGAGUGCACCUGUCACCACGACGUACCUCAAGAUAAUGAAUGCCCAGGAGAAGGCUGAGCUCCAGGAGCAGGGGGACAGGCUCGAUGCCACCAUCAGGAGAACUGAGCAGGAGAUCAGGAGUAUGGAAAAUACUCUGAGGAUUGUUAAUGCUUGCAAUGAUAAGUAUAAAUUGUCACUGGGGGCUUCUGAGGAUGAGGCAUCUGGGGAGGUGCAGAGGAAGGCAUUGGAUGAGGAGAUGGUUAAGGCACUGGAGAUCAUGAGACUCAGGCAGAUUCAAAUGGCACAGGAGGAGGAGGAGUAUCAGGGCUUGCAGGAUGAUCUUGUGGGACUUGUGGAGGAUCUCAAGGUCGCCAAGGAGGAGAAGGAACUCAAGUUGAGGGCUGUGGGUGUUAUUGAAAAACUUGUGGCUGAGCAGAAGGAGAGGAUUUCAAGGGCUGAGAAGAGCCUCAGGAAACUUUACAAGGAUAUCCAGAGGAUGUGCGAGAACUCUGAUGAUGAUAGGAUUCUUCUCCAGGAGAAAGAUAUUGCAACUAGAGAACUUGAAGAGCAGAAUUAUCUCGCUCUCCAACGAAUCACUGAAUUUACUAUUCGUCAUGUGGAGGCAGAGGUUUAUGUGAAGAAAUUACUGACUGCUAAGAAUAUUUCUCUUCCUUGUGCUCAGCAUCUCAAGCCAUCACCGACACCUAGUCUGUGUGACAGCACCAGGAGCUCGGUGGCUUCCUCUGGGAGAACCAGAUUGGCAUCUACUAGAGAAAGUGCGAGUAGAGUUCAGAAUAUUUCCACUGAAUUUGUGUUUGAAGUGGUCGGAGGCUCGAGAUCAGGGAAUCGAAUGUCAAAUCUGCGACAGUCAUCGAUAAAUCGGCAAUCAGCCGCGAAGAAAAAAUAAAAUUCACAACAAAAAAGAUAAUUAAUUAAGCAUGA